AUGGCUGACACCCGUGCCUAUUGUUAUCUUGCUUCUCAGAGCCAGACUGCUUCCGUGCAAAAGGUGAUCCUUGGUAAUUUAUUCUCUACAGACAAAGGCUUUGCCUAUCAGUUGGCUCUUCAGACUUUUAUCCAGGUACUUACAGAGAAAAAUAGAGACAACAAUGCUACAACAACACCUUCUGUCUCAAACCUGCGUUCUACAACGCGAAAUCAUGUAAUUCAUGAUCAGAGUUCAAGUGCCCAGAAUGUAGCACCGUCCUGCGUAGCUGAAAACGAUGUGAAUGAAAACUUACUGGCAAGUCUAUCUUCAGAUCCAGGACUGCGAACUCCAAUAUUUGAUUAUGAUCCCAAUAUCAGAGACCGAGUUCGAAGAGCUUACUUACAAAGACGUCCUUGUCAGCCAAAGAAGCACACCUAUCCAACAAGAAUAUCUGGUGGCAAGCCAAGAAAGUUUUGUGGCUCUUUGUUCAACGAGCACCCAAGAUUUAGAGGUUGGAGGAAGAAAGAAAGGCUACAGCUACAUAUUGAGGGGCCAAAAAGUGCACAUAAUAAGGCUUUGAAAAAUUGUGAGGCGUUAAUGAAUAGGAAACAACACAUUGAUGCAAUUAUUGAAAAACAGUCGGAGGAAGAGAAAAGGGAUAAUAGGAAAAGGUUGAGGGCAUCGAUUAACUGUGUUCGAUUUCUUUUACGGCAGGGGCUUGCAUUUCGUGGACAUGAUGAAACCGAAGCUUAUCUCAAUAUAGGAAACUUUAUAGAGCUCUUAAAAUGGUUGGCAGAUAAUAAUGAAGAAAUUAAAGUCGUUGUACUAGAGAAUGCUCCAGGGAACCAAAAGUUAAUAGCAUCAGAUAUUCAAAAAGAUAUAACCAAAUUACGAGGGAAAGUUUAUGACGAGGCAAGCAAUAUACGAGGUGAGUAUAAUGGUCUAAAGGCACUGAUUUUGAAAGAUAAUAACUGCGCGUAUUUUGUCCACUGCUUUGCUCAUCAACUGCAGCUAGCUGUUGUGGCUGUGGAAAAAAAACAUACAUAUGUAGAAGAACUUUAUGUCGUAAUGAGUUACUUGGUGAAUGUGGUAGCUGGAUCAGCCAAACGUCAAGAUAUGCUUCGUGAGAAGCAAGCUGAGGCGGUCUUUGAGGCACUAUGUAGUAGUGAGAUAUUAACUGGGCGAGGCCUUAAUCAAGAAAGUACUCUUAAACGAGCUGGUGACACGCGUUAG